AUGCAGUCCACAGCGGUUCACAAAAACGCAAGACUAUACGUCUUGAUAAGGCCAGAACAAAUCAACAGAGUUCUUGAUAGCAUGAACACUAGCAAUUCUCAACCGUUCUUCGCGCGUUUAGUGCAUCUGCCUUGUCCAGGGCUCGCGGACGUGGACGAAGGUGACCAAAAGGAUGCGGUAGAUCCACCUUAUGCGGUGGUUCCCUCCUACCAGGAAAUGCCUCCUAAUCGCAUCAUGCCCGAUGGUGAGGCGGAGAGAGACGACGACAAUAACGACAACGAGAGCUCCAACGAUGCCGACAAGAAACGUCGUAAAUACAAAGACAUUGAUGCUGAAGACGAUGACGCCAACGAUAAUGGCAGCAAGCAUUAG